AUGCGUGCUCCGGAGGUUGGUCUGGACGAUGUUAUUAUCUCCAAGCGAAUAGUUGCUGCGGCUUUGGGAGGCGUUAUAACUUCAUUAGUGAUGACACCUUUGGAUGUAGUAAAAAUUCGGAUGCAAUCUGCAUCAAGAACAAAUAGUUGUUUUCUCUAUUGCAACGGAUUAAUGGAUCAUUUGUGUGCUUGCUCAAACAAUUAUCUGGCUGAGGAAUCAAAAUCGGGGCGUUGGUUCCGAAGAUCUGGGAACUCAAAGUUCUUUUCUUUGCGUUCUCCCAUUUGCAGACACCCAGAUGGCAUUUCCUAUUGCAUUUACCACGCUGGUUUGAAACGACAUCCUUUCAUUCAAUCUGUAAAUUAUAUGAGUAUGACUUCUAGAGAUACUCUAACAAGCAUAGUAAAAACCGAAGGUGUGCUAUCACUCUGGAGUGGAUUAUCGCCAACACUAGUUAUGGCUCUUCCUCAGACUGUUAUCUAUUUCUCAUUAAAUGACCUUCUGAAAUGUCAUAUCAAUCGGACUUUGAAUGGCUAUCGGGAUCCCACAGAUAUAAACGAUCCAAUUGUACAUAUGGUACCUCCCAUCGUUGGUGCAACGUCGAGAAUAUUUUCUGUUUUCACAAUCUCGCCCCUAGAACUUAUGCGCACUAAAAUGCAGUCUAAACCAAUGACUCUUAAGAAUUUUUACGACACUGCCAAAUCAACUGUACUUAAGGAUGGAAUUCGAAGUUUGUGGAUAGGUGUUGGACCAACCCUACUACGGGAUGUACCAUUCUCAGCAAUCUUUUGGUACACCUUCGAUUGCAAUAAAAAUCGAUACUCCCGAAAUCGAAUCUCAGCAUCCUCUUUUGGCGAGACACCUGUAAAUAUUGAUUUCUCCGUUGCCUUUUUCUACGGUGCAACGGCUGGUUUCGUUGCAGGCUUAGCUACUCAUCCGUUUGAUGUAAUUAAAACCCACCGCCAGUUGGAAUUGGGUGAAUCUCUCUUUGGAAAAAAAUCCUAUUCACACUCGACUUGGUCCGCUCUUAGACGACUGUACAGUCAGAAGGGUUUGCGAGGCCUCUUUAGUGGUUUCACACCAAGGCUUUUGAAGACCACGACCGCUUCAGCAUUGAUGGUGUCCAUUUUUGAGGUGGUGAAGCAGAACCUUAUGUCUGAUUGA